UCUCCCCACUGACGGAGCAGUUUUGGCCUCUCUGGCGCUACGUAGUGACGGUUGUUUGCUUUCCCCAAAUCCCUUUUUUGCAAACUAGCCAUUCUUUCUCCAUUUCUUUUUUAAGGACCGUCUUUCUCCAAAUGUCCCAGCAAGACCCGGCGGUCUCGGAGACGGUGACGGUCAGUGACGUGCAGCAGCUGCUGAAGAAGAAGGAUGAAAUCGAAGCCCAGAUUAAAGCUUAUUAUGAAAUGCUGGAAGAUCAGAAAGGAGUCGGGAUGAAUGAGCCGCUGGUGGACGUUGAAGGGUAUCCCCGUGCCGAUGUUGACGUCUACCAAGUCCGGACAGCAAGACACAACAUCAUCUGCUUGCAGAACGAUCACAAGGCCCUGAUGAAGGAGGUGGAACAGGCCCUCCACCAGCUGCACGCCCGCGAGAAGGAGAAGCGCGAGAAAGACGAGGCGGAAGCUCACACCGUGGCCAGGAGCCAGAGCGAGGCCCCGCCUCUUCCUUUCGCCAGGGUGAACGCCAUCACCCCGGGCUCUCCAGCCAGCAUGUCGGGGUUGCAAGUGGACGAUGAGAUCGUGGCGUUCGGCUCUGUGAACAUGCACAACUACCAGUCCCUCCAGAAUAUCGCCACUGUGGUACAGCACAGUGAAGGGAGACCAGUAAGUCUGACAGUGCUCCGCGGAGGGGAAAGAAUGCACCUGGGACUCACACCCAAACGCUGGACUGGCAAAGGACUUCUGGGUUGCAACAUAGUUCCUUUGCAAAGAUGAUUUCCAAGGGCAAAACCUGCAAACCUGUUGGUAUUUUGUUCUUAAUGAGACAACCAUACAUCUUGACAAGGAAGCUGGAAUACCGGAAAUGAAACCUGAGGUGCUGUUGUCGACUGCUGAGGAGGUUUCGACAGCUAUGCACAGUUGUGAUUUGCUGAUUCACAGGAUUAGCGUGCAUUCGCUUUGCAUCUUUGACCCCUCGGGUGUAAAUAAAAUGCAAAAAACCCCUGAUCUUGUGGUUUUAUUUUUGGCAACUCAUUCUACAACCUUGUUAUCCUUUCCUGUUUAUUUAGUAAGGCAAUGUUAGUCCUCAUAGUGUGUGUGUCCCCCCCCCUUUCCCUUUCUUUUCCUUCAUUGUAGACAUUUCGGGGGGGAUUCAUUUUCAGAACUCUGAAGUGUGCCAGAUCGGUAUUGUGUUUUGUAUUUCCACUGAGGCACUCUCAAUAAAAUUUACGAUUUA